GGGGAGGGAGAGUGGGAGAAGAUGGAGGAUCAAAUAUCUCCGGCAGAAGGUGUUGACGUAAGUGGUGUGAGCAAAGAGCAACAAGCUGCGGGCGUUGGGAUUCUUCUUCAGAUCAUGAUGUUGGUUCUGUCAUUCGUGUUAGGUCACGUUCUUCGUCGCAAGAAGAUUUACCUUCUCCCCGAAGCCAGCGCCUCUCUUCUCAUUGGCUUACUCGUUGGCACACUCGCCAACAUUUCUCACACUCAGACUAACAUCAGGGCGUGGUUCAAUUUUCACGAGGAGUUCUUCCUGCUCUUCCUUUUACCUCCUAUCAUAUUUCAGUCUGGCUUCAGUCUCUCGCCUAAACCUUUCUUCUCUAAUUUUGGAGCUAUUGUCACGUUUGCUAUAUUCGGCACCUUUCUGGCUUCCAUUGUCACCGGUGUCUUAGUUUAUCUUGGAGGAUUGGUGUACCUCAUGUACAGACUGCCUUUUGUUGAGUGUCUAAUGUUUGGUGCUCUUAUAUCCGCGACUGAUCCUGUUACUGUUUUGUCAAUUUUUCAGGAGCUCGGCACAGAUGUCAAUCUGUAUGCCUUGGUUUUUGGAGAAUCUGUUUUGAAUGAUGCAAUGGCUAUUUCUUUGUACAGGACAAUGUUAGUGAUAAAAACGCAUCCAUCUGGACUAAAUUUCUUCAUGGUGGUUGUUAGAUUUUUGGAGACUUUUGUUGGGUCAAUGUCUGCUGGUAUUGGAGUUGGAUUUAUAUCUGCUUUACUAUUUAAGUAUGCGGGGUUGGAUGUUGACAAUCUUCAGAACUUGGAGAGCUGUCUUUUUGUUCUUUUCCCAUAUUUCUCAUACAUGCUUGCAGAAGGUCUUGGAUUGUCUGGUAUUGUAUCAAUACUGUUCACGGGAAUGGUCAUGAAGCAUUACACAUAUUCGAAUUUGUCAUGUAGUUCUCAAGGAUUUGUCUCUGCUUUUUUUGAGUUGAUAUCAUCAUUAGCAGAGACAUUUGUAUUCAUCUACAUGGGCAUUGAUAUUGCUAUGGAGAAACAUCGCUGGUCACAUGUUGGAUUUAUAUUCUUCUCCAUUAUAUCAAUUGGAAUCGCAAGGGCAGCUAAUGUGUUCUCUUGUACAUAUGUGGUCAACUUGAUCAGACCUGCCCAUCGACAAAUACCUCUAAAACACCAGAAAGCACUUUGGUAUAGUGGACUUCGAGGGGCUAUGGCAUUUGCCCUUGCUCUGCAAUCAGUUCAUGACCUUCCAGAAGGACACGGACAGACUAUCUUCACUGCUACUACAGCAAUAGUUGUUUUGACGGUAUUACUGAUUGGUGGUUCAACAGGCACCAUGCUUGAAGCUUUAGAAGUUGUAGGUAGUGACAUUCAUAUUAAUGAGAGUCCUUUGACUUCUAUAUUUGAUGAAAACAAUGGUUAUAGUUCUCCUAACGACGAAGAUACGUCAUCAAGGAACAAAAUCAAGACGAAGCUUCAAGAAUUCCAUAGGAGUGCUGCAUCUUUUACAGCAUUAGAUAGAAACUACCUCACACCAUUCUUUACUAGUCAAAAUGGAGAUGAGGAAGAUGAAGCUAAGCUUCUGACUUCUGGAAAUGUGGGAUUGGACAUUCAUGACCAUGACCAUUAUUCGUCAUGACAUUUCAGAACAAAAUGCUCAAUGCUAUCUGAAGUUUCCGUUUUGUACACUCCUCGAUUCAUGCAAAUUAUGAACAGCUUGGAGGACUUGCCAUAACAGUAGGAUCAUUCCAAGUUUCAAACGUACAGAAUUCAUAAUCUUACGUCAAGUUUAAG